ACACUUUGACAUUAUGCCAUUCUAGCUUCUCCUUACUCUCUUCUCUCUCUUCCACUCUCUGCUUUGAUCCAUGGCUCAACUCGAUCAUGCCUCGUUUCAACUCACUCCAACUCGAACAAGAUGUGACUUGGUGAUCUUCUAUGGAGGCAAAUCAGAGAAACUGGCAUCUGGGUUGUUCCAACCAUUUGUUUCUCACCUCAAAUCUCUGAGAGAUGAGAUUUCUAGAGGUGGGUAUUCCAUUACUCUUCGCCCCCCUACUAGAGAUGCUCAUUGGUUCACCAAGCCCACUUUUCAAAGAUUUGUGAGGUUUGUUAGCACUCCAGCGGUUCUGGAGAGGUUUGUCAGUAUUGAAAAGGAGAUUUUGCAGAUUGAGAGUUCUGUACAACUAGAAGAAGGAAAUGUAUCUGCCAAUGGUGGUAAAAGGAAAUCAGCUGAUUCUUUAAGUUCAAAGAAUAAAGGUGGACAUGAAGAAGCAGUGGAUGCUGCAGAGAACGAAAACUCCAAGGUUCACCUUCAACGCCUUCUGGGAACUCGGUUAGCAUUGCUUCGGAAAGAGCAAGCGAUGGCUUAUGCUCGUGGGCUUGUUGCUGGAUUUGAAAUCCACAAUCUUGAUGCCCUCAUUAUGUUUGCAGAUGCAUUUGGAGCUUCACGGUUAAGGGAAGCAUGCAUCAAUUUUCGGGAACUACACAAGAAAAAGCACACAGAUGGUUUAUGGAGAGAGGAACUAGCAGCUAUGGCAGCCUGUUCUUCGUCAGAAUUGCAAUUAGCCGGAGAAUCUGGAAUUGUAAUGGCGAAUGAAACAGAUUUGCCUAAUCAGAAUAUCAUGCUGAAUCUUCUCAAUGGUGGUCUCACUAAUAAUUCCUCAAAAUCUGGUUCAACUCCUAGUCAUGCAAGCCUAGACGGCAAAACAGAUAAUAUAAUGGCUGCAUCAGAUCAAGUGCCAAUGCCGUUUUCAAACCAGAAUCCUCAGUACUUUUAUGGUAUGCCUCCCUACCAUGGAUAUCCUUUCCCUAAUAUGCAGUCUUUUCCUCCUCACUAUCCAAGCAACAUGCAAUGGCAUCCUAGCAUGGAUGAAGCAAGCUAUGGUAAGCAAUUCGAUUAUCGUAGGACUCAGAGGUCAUCUUCAAGAAGCAAAAAGAACUACCCAAAUAGAAAAGAAUCUGAGUAUUCAGAGGAAGGAAACCAAACAGAUUCAAGUGACUCUACUUACACAAGUGGUAAUGAUUCAGAUACACAGCAGGAGAAAAAGCAUUCUUCCUCACAGAAUUUGACCAAAAAGAAGUUCAAGAAGAAAUCCUCCAGAAAAGUGGUUAUUCAAAAUAUUAACUACAUCACUCCUAAGAGGAAAGAUGGGAAUAAAGGUGGAGUAUCUGAUGAAUCGCUUUCAGAUGAGGGGGUUGAUGAGGGAGAUACCGAUAAACAAAUGUUUGCAAAAGCAGAAGAAUUACUGUUGGCAUUACAUGAAUCAAACUCACACGAAAGAGAUGUUGAGGACAGUGGGCGUAUUUUGAAUGGAUCACAUAAUGUUAGUUCUGUGGCCACUAAUGGUGUUGGAGAUGAACAUUUUAUUAUGAGUAGCUCUAAUGGUCAUUCGUUAGGGUCUAGGCCAACUGUGGAGCUUGGAUUUGAGGAGCAUCUAAAGAAACCAACAGCUUCACAUGCAGCUGAUCCUCUGGUUAUGAUGGAGAGGAACGGAAGAAAUGAAGACAUGGUUAAGUUGGAAGAUUUUCGGAAUGAAGUAAAUUUCCGUUCAGGUAUUGAGAGAAAAGAUGGUGCAGAUGAGGAUAAAUUAUUUUUGCAGAGAUCAGAAGAACAAGGAACUGGCAAUGGGUAUGGUUUUUCUACAGCUGCUGCUGAGUCUACUAUAAGAAAGAGUUGGAGAGGAGAAGACUGGUUCAGCGCCAAUAACUCGGUAAAUGCAGAAAAUCAGAUGGUGAAGCCAACAGUUUUUGAUGGUGAUUGCAUUUUUGCACCAGAAAAAACCAAUCAAGCAAACCCCAAAGGCAUGUGCAUAGAUGAUUCUUUCUUUAUACAGUCUCGAUCAGCAGUCGAGAAUACAUAUGAAUCUCCAUGGAAAACGGAAGAUGCUGAUCUAAGUAUAGCUGAGCAAAAAGAAAAUGGCAAUAUAGAUACUCCACAAGAUAAGCCUGGACUAUCUAAUAUUGCUGAGCCAGAUGACCUUUACAUGGUUCUUGAAAGGGACUCCAAGUUGGAGUCUACUGGAAUUUCUUGGCCUGUGGACUAUGCAGCAGAUAUUGCAUUUCAAGAGGCCGACAGAAGAUGUUCUGUUGUUGUUGAAAAAGGUGAUCAUGUGGAUGACAAGCCUGCUUCGAAUGGUACAAAUGUCAAUCUGAAGAAGAUCAGUAAAGUUCCUGGAACAAAAGAUCGCGAGGCAAAGUCUAGUGGUUUACGGAAACCUAUUGGGAGCAACAGGUUUGAUAUCAAAAGCAAAAAACCAUCUCCUGCAAGUAGGCCUAUAGUACACAAGAGCAAACAGGAGAAGGAAGAAGAAAUUCGGAAGAAGAUGGAGGAAAUGGCAAUAGAACGACAGAAGAGAAUUGCAGAGAAAACUGCAGCAGGUGGCUUUGCUCCUCCAGCAGCAAGAAGGGUUUCAUUAGACAGUAAAACAGCAAAGGGCUCCAUUAAGAAUGACAGGCAGUCUACCAAGAGAGCUUCUCUGCCUCUGUAAAUGGAAUAAUGGAUAAAUAAGAAACAGCUUUUGGGCCAUGCUUGACAGUUGACACACGCCACCACAAGUACAGUCCUAUACAAAUGAGGAUGAGGAAAUAUCUGGAUGACCUGCUGUUAGGAAUUUCUUUCAACUUCAUUACACAUAUGUUCAUAGUUAUGCCCCACAUUAUAUAGAUUACAAGGACAACAAUUCGUCCGCCAUAAUUUUAUUAUUUAUUAUUUAUUUUUGAUAUCGAGGAGGAAAAUAAAUAAAUUCAUGUAAACUUUUCAGACAUAAAUAUAUUUCUGAGAAUAUAUAUUUUUUGUAUAAAAGGAUUCUGAUG